GUUCACUCUGCGACACCCCCCACCCCUCUCGCCUCCAAGCCUUCUCCCCGUCUGAAGGCGCUCCAGGAUAAUUGGCAAACACAACGACGCCGCAAUUACCUGGAGCCGCUGCGACACCUUCGCUCCUUCUCCUGCUCGGCUCGGUUCUUGAUAUCAAGGACAGCCAUGGCGCCCCUCUCUGCCGAUACCGCGCCCUCGUCGCAGAAGCAGAAGCAGGCCCGUCGCCCGCUGCCUCGCAUUGUUCCUGCCAUCCCUCACCGUUUGUCGCGUGCUCCGCCCUCGGCAAGGCCUAUUACCCCAGAGGAAUCUAAUAAAGGUGCUGCCGUUGCGCCGCAGCAGGAGCCAGAGCCCAAGACCGCGGUCGAGGAGAAGCAGGUGGACGAGCAGCCGGCAGACCAGCACGCAAGAUCUGGGGAGACUCCCUUGACACCAGACUCUAGAGCCUCUAUCAACGACGCGGACACGCCCGUCUUGGGUGCCUCGCCAGCGACUUCGCACGAUGACCAUGUCGAACAUGGUGCAGACGCUCAAGAUGUCACUAUCAAAGGCCAACCAACCCAAGACCCAACCCCACCAUCUGCGUACCGCCCCGAGAUUAAGGCAGACGUGAAUGGUGUCCACCGCAAAUUGGCCGUACCCGCUGAACUGCCACCGCCCUUCUACCCCUCAAGCACAAGCAGGACGGAUAUACACACGCCACCUGCAGAUGGUAGUGACCAGGCUCACGCGCCGUAUCAUCGACACCGACUCAGCGCAGGAGCCGUCGUAUUCCAGAGCGCGAAUGCAUCACCCGUGAUUUCGGCGACGCCCCAGGAGACUGAAUCGAAUGUACAUAUAGAGCAGCAGACCGUGCCUCGCCCUCCGCCUGGAUUCGCUCCUGCGCAGUACACCCCGUUCUUCCAGGGGCAUUCUCAGCACCCAUCGGAGGCAACGGCACCUUGGCUCCAGCCGCCAUAUUCCGCUGCGCCAAUGGACCCUACUAACGAGACUAGCGGUGCCUUUCGAUCCCCAACCUUCUCCAAUGGGCCCAUUGCAGAUCCAAGUGCCUUCAACGGUCACUUCCCUUCAAGGGAUGCAGCUUUCAUCACGAAUGGAACGGGUACUCCGCACCCUCAAUCACCCAGCAAGUCCCAGUUCGGAGAGACGAAACUCGCCUCUGAUCGCGGAGAAGAUCAGCAUGCAGUCAUGUAUCAAAACAGCACUGCGCCGCCAGCAGAACGUCUUGAGGAGUCGCCUUUCGAGCUUGCCGCCUACUUGUCCACUCAAUUUGGCAAUCCACAGUUUGCUGAUUUCAUCUUGCAAGUUCGAUCGCCAGAGUCCAUCCUUGUCUCUAUUCCGGUUCACGGCAUCAUAGUUGUGCGCAGUGUAGUCGUCGCAGAUGCUGUUCGUCGUAGCCCUACCCCUAGCCACCGUUCGAGGGAUGCGCGCCGCCCUAUCGACAUCCUCGCGCUGGACCCAUUUGUCACCCGCGAAUCUAUCGAGGAGGCAGUCAAAGUCUUGUAUGGGGCACCGCUUCUGUCGGCGCAAACCUUCUUGUAUGGCCUUGCGCCUUACUUGUAUGACAGCGAUCAGGCUGUCCCGUCAAACGAGGCUCGAAGACGCAUGCAACAGGUUCUAAGCUACAUUGCGGCAGCAAGGACACUGCAUAUUCCUAGUAUGCAAGCGCGUGGUGUUGAGAUUGCGCGUAUGCUUCUUCGAUGGGACACUAUCGACCAAGUCCUACAUUACGCAUUGCAAGCCAGCUCGGCGUCUCGGUCCUCAAAGGAUGACCCGUUCACCAAUGCUUUGCUCAACUAUGCUAUCGAAUUCAUGGCAUAUAUUUUUCCUGUUGACUUCUCCUUGUAUACGAUUGCGCCCGAGUUGAAAGAUGCGCCGCGUCUCCCAACUCUUGUUGAGCCUCGACCGCCUACCCACAACCCUCGAUUGAGCAAGAUUCGUUUCGGCGAUGCGCCCCCCGAGGAUGAUUUCCAGGCAAGCCACGCUACUCGGGUACUCUCCACUAUUCUGCUGUCGCUGCCAGUUCCUCUCUUGGAGCGCUUGUUCAAUCAUCGCGCAACAGCUAACCAGAUUGGCUGGACUGGCACGGUCAGGACCAUGCAAAACGUGAUCAACGAGCGUGAGAAUCGUCGCCAGAAAGCAUUGCGCGGUCAGCUGCAGCCUUCUGUGGACGGGACCAUUUCCCCUGCUCUCCUUGGCAACAUGUACAUCGAAGAGCGUGUUGAGCAAGUCGAGCCAUCCCCUCUUCAUCCCUCCGGUCACCGCUUGGCCACCCAGCACUUGGCCGGCGAGGCUUGAAGACUCCAUUUCAUUCUCGGGACCAUGGACCACGGUAAUUUUUUUCAUAUCUACGGGCAUGUCCACAUGAUUUCGGCGCUGGUAUUCGCGCGCAACAUACAAAAUCUCUGGUGGGUUUGCUCUUCAGGGUGUAUAGCAUAGCGAGCGUUUGAGGCGUUUUGCAGAGGCGUUCCCAGCGAUUCUUCACACCAAAAGUACGAAACGAUACGACGAAGCAUAUUCCCAUAAGAUCACGACAGCAUAAGACAGACCGACUUUGCUUUGUACACCACUACGGCAUCAUCUUACUUGUUUCUACUCGCCCGAGCAAUACCCCUAUAGGGCCUCUUACCGCUACUUUACUUUCUCUUCAUCUAGGUAGAUACGCCGAAAGGCGGAAAAAUUGUAUCACAUAGUAUCUGAACGUCAGCAGUGCAUGCACGUCGUGAGUCACAACAGGGUCAUAUUGUUGAAGGCUGUUCGCACAUUGGCUCCC